AUGGCUGGCAGGCGAGGUGAUACACCAGUCCGGGCCACCGAUUUGACACAGACCGUGUGUGUGGGAUGCCACCGUCUCAUCCGGGACAAGUACCUGCUUAGCGUCAUUGACGGCCUAUGGCAUGAGCAAUGCGUCCGGUGCGUGGCGUGUGGCGACCCGCUCAAGAACACUUGCUUUCUCCGGGACCAGAAACUGUACUGCAAGCGCGACUACGCCAAUCUGUUUGCAGUGAGAUGUGGUGGCUGUGCAGAGGCCAUCUCCCCUGCAGAGCUGGUGAUGCAUGCUGGAGCUGCAGUGUUCCACCUGGCCUGUUUUAGCUGCAGUCUGUGUUCCUGUCUUCUGCGGACUGGAGACUGCUGUGUCCUCAGGGAAGGACGGUUGCUCUGUGCUAGAGACUACAACCAGGAAGUGGACAGACUCACCUCAUCAGACUCAGGUGAAAGUGAUGAUGAGGAGGAGGAGGAGGAGGAGGAGAAAGGGGAUGAGGGCAGUGUGAAGGCUUCAGGCAGACGUGGCGGCGGAGCAGACGACCCUGAACACAAACGACCCAAACGUCCACGCACCAUUCUGACCACCCACCAGAGACGGGCCUUCAAAGCAUCCUUCGAAGUCUCCUCCAAGCCCUGCCGGAAGGUGAGGGAGACCUUGGCAGCGGAGACCGGUCUGAGCGUGAGAGUCGUGCAGGUCUGGUUCCAAAACCAAAGAGCCAAGAUGAAGAAACUGGCCAGAAGGCAGCAACAGCAGCAGCAACAAGAGCAGCAAGAACAGCCAGCACAUCACACUGCGCCCUCCUGUGGCAGUCUGACCUCUGACCUGAACCCUCUGAGCUUGUACCACCACCCCCAGCACCACCCCCAGCACCACCCCCAGCACCACCACCCCAGCCUCCAGCAGAUGCAGGCCCUGGCCCAGGCCACCUCCUUGGGGGUGCAGGAAUAUGACAUGGAGCCCUUUAGACAGGGACUCACCCCUCCACAGAUGCCCGGGGACCACAUGCACCCCUACGGCUGCAAGGCCCUUUAUGUGGAGAUGGAUGGGAACCCUCUCUGUAACUUAGGCGACGGAGACUGCCUGUCUUUGUGUGACUCAUCCCUGGCCACGCCUAUCGACCACCUUUACUCCAUGCAAGACUCCUACUUCACCUGA